UCUGCUUGACAGUUGAGACGUUUGUGUGUUUGAGCGAUCGAUCACGUCUGUUGUCCUUUUCAAAAAAUGACUUUCUAUUCAAGCUAAUCCACUUUCAACGAAAAUUGACUUUCUUGAACAGCUAGCGAUGGCGAUGAGAACUUGUAACAUAUCUGCACGAUCCGUUUUCCUGUUUAAUAUUAUAACAGUUUUAGUACUUGUGACCUAUCUUGUGGAUUUAGAGAAAAAAAUUGCCAAUGCUAAAGUUAGUUCACAACACAACUCAGAUCUGCUCAAUACCCAAGUCAAUGGUGCUUUGUUACCUAGUAGUUUUCCAUCACAGAAUCCAACUUUAUUUUACAACCGUGUCCCUAAAACUGGAUCAACCUCUUUUGUGGGUCUGGCAUAUGACUUGUGUUCAAGAAACAAGUUUAAAGUGCUUCAUGUAAAUGUUUCAAAAAAUGCACACACCAUGUCUUUGAAUGAUCAGUUACGAUUUGCAAGGAAUCUAAGCAGUUGGGAUUUAAAGCAACCAUCAUUUUACCAUGGACAUAUAGCUUAUUUGGAUUUCACAAAAUUUGGAUCCACUGCACCAAUAUUUAUUAACCUUAUCAGACAGCCACUUGAUAGAAUGGUGUCAUAUUAUUAUUUCCUUCGCUAUGGAGAUGAUUUCCGACCACAUCUCAUCAGAAGAAAGCAGGGGAACAAAACAUCAUUUGAUGACUGUGUGAAAGAAGGACAAACUGAGUGUGAUCCAAAUAAUUUGUGGCUGCAAGUGCCUUUUUUCUGUGGACAUCAUGCAGACUGUUGGGUACCGGGCAGCAGUUGGGCAUUUGAACAAGCAAAGAAUAAUUUAAUUAAAAACUAUUUAUUAGUGGGAGUGACUGAGCAGAUGGAAGAAUUUGUUGCUGUCCUAGAAGCAACUUUACCUAUUUUUUUUAAGGGAUCUCUUAAAUUGUACAGACAAGGAUCAAAAUCUCAUUUACGGAAGACAAAUCUUAAGAUUCCUCCAAAAGCUGAAACGAUAGAGCGGUUUAGAAACUCUACUGUGUGGCAGCUUGAAAACGAGUUUUACGAAUUUGCACUUAGACAGUUUGAAUUCGUGAAAUCACGAACCCUAAAUCCGGAUCUUUCUGGCAAAGGGCAGCAGUUUUUUUACGAAAAAAUUCGUCCAAAAUAAAUUAUUUAUCGACAUCAAA